AAUGUCGAGCAGUUCGACCAAUGAGAUUCGCGCUUCUGUUCACAUGCCCGGAGCCGCUGAAGUUACAUAAAAACCACGACUUGGUGGCACUCAAGUGGCACACACUUCUUGCCGGCGAAGAAGAAGCCAAAAAAAGAAGAAACCGAAAAAGAACCCAAAACAGAAGACAAAGAAGAAACCGAAAAAGAAGAUGCAACCAAGUAGUAAGAUGAAUGUCGAGCUGCUGGUGUCUUUGGUGUCUGAAUGCCGAGAGCUUUAUGAUCAACGCCACAGCGACUACAAGAAUGUUGAUAAGAAGUUGUUAUGGCAAGAAAUUGCAGAUCAAAUAGGAUUCGAUGUGGAGGAGGUUAAACUGAAGUGGAAGAGUUUAUGCGAUACAUACAUGAGGAAAAAGCGUGAGGAGGAUUGCAGGAGUGGACAGGCUGCUAAAAACAAGAAACAGUGGAAGUAUAUGAAGUUGAUGGAGUUCCUUGUAACAUCAACUGAAUUUCAAAGUGUUCACAGCAAUAUUUCUGAAAACACUGAUGCUGAUGAAGUGGAUGACCAAAAUGAUGCAAGUGAAAACGUACGGGCAAGCAUGGAAAUAUCCAUCUCCAGCCCAGCAGUGAUGAGGUCCAGAGCGGAGAAAAGAAAGCAAUCAGACAUGCCAGACUUCUUGGAGAAUUACCUGUUGUCCAAAGAUGUCAGGGAUAGAGAGAAAGAGGAGCGCAGAGAGCAAAAGAGAGAGAUAAAGAAAGACGACAUUUACUUUUUUGUUCAUGGCUUGGUACCUGCACUAAAGAGAUUGUCCCCACCCCAGUUGUCUUCGGUCAAACUCCAAAUACAACAAUUAUUGCACAAUGCUGAGUUUGGUCAGUCCUCUUUCUCAGAUUCCUCGCCAUCAGGUCACCCUGCAGACCCCUAUGAACUAUGAGCACCACCACUGUUGUGUGUACGUGCAUUUUAUUUAUCUGUAUUUAAAAAAAAAAUCUUUUUAAUGUACAUGCAAGAAAUACUUUGUUUACCCAGUAAUGCUUAUUUGCACCACCAUUUCUGAGUACUGUUCCCUGACCCCAUGUUUAUUAUCCUGUUAUUGUUGCAAAUUCAUACAUUGUUCAUUCAUAAAAAUAAAUGUUUGACUUUUC